GGGGCCCAGCAGAGGCUCCUCCAUGAGGACCAAGCAGGUGAACCUGCUCACCUCGCUGGUGGCGGCCGUGCUCUUCAGCUUCUCCUGCUUCUGCAUCUCCAGGAUGACACAGCUCAGUAAUCAAUUAAUUAACUGCAGAAACCACAUUUUGGAAUUUAAAGAUAAUAUCCUACAUUUAAGAAACAAGUCAGAAAAAACCCACCAAGAGCUGAGUGUGGCCUUCAGUCAAAUCAAGAAUCAGUUUCCAGGGAGAGAACAUCUGUCUGUCCACUCAGCAGAGAAGAAAGUGGAUGAGAAUGGGGCAGGAUCUAAGUUAUUUGAAGUCUUAAAGUACUUCUUUCCCCACCUGAGGAAAGUGGACAGAAUUUACCCAGAUGUGAUCCUUAGCAAAGAGAAAACAGGAGCCUCCUUCGCGCUGGGCAUAUCCACUGUGAACAGAGGGAACCACUCAUACCUGAAGCAGACGCUCACCUCCCUCCUCUCUAGGAUGGCGCUCUCCGAGGAGAAGGACUGCGUGGUGAUCGUCUCAGUCGCAGAUAGUAAUGGAGAAUACUUAAAAUCCGUCGUUGACAUGGUCACCAAAAAAUUCCAAAGGCAACUGAGAGCUGGCUCCUUGGAGGUCAUUUCUAUCCCCACCUUUUUUUAUCCAAGCACAUUCCAGGACAAGCCAUCAACUGAGCUUUCACAGAGACUCCACCAUUGGCAAAUGAAACAAUUACUGGAUUUUUGUUUUUUGAUGCUAUAUGCACAACCCAAGGCCACGUAUUAUUUGCAGCUGGAAGAUGAUAUCAUAGCUAAGAAGAAGUACUUGACACAGAUCACAGACUUCAUCCAUAAUAUUACGUCAAAUAACUGGUUUUAUAUUGAGUUUUCAGCUAUCGGAUUCAUAGGAAAACUAUUUAAAUCUGAGGACUUGAUUGACUUUGUACAGUUUUUCUUAAUGUUCUACAAAGAUAAACCCAUAGACUUGCUCUUAGGUGAAAUCUUUCGGAUAAAGAUGUGUAGGUCAGGAGAAAGCCCUGAAAAAUGUUUAGACCGAAAUAAGGACACUCACAUUUAUUAUAAGCCUUCCCUUUUCCAGCACGUGGGUACACGGUCAUCAUUCUCUGAAAAAACACAGUAUCUCAAGGAUGUCGAUUAUUAGGAGUUUCAGAAUUCUAACAGCACUUUAGAAAUUUUCAGAAUUCGGUUUUGGAAAAUGGCCUAAUAAGAAUUAGACUAUCUCCCAACUUUCUCCAUAGUGUAUAAGAGACUAUAUCAAUCUUCAAAAUAAACCUUCAAUAGUAAAAUGAAAACACUAAGAUCAUAAACACUCAAAGAAGAGACCCUUCUACACCUUGGAAUACCAGGUGACCUUGACUCCUAAUGGCACUUUCUGAGAAAUUCUAAUAAUGAAAUCACAUCAUUAUACAGUGGAGGAAAAGACAAAAGCUAAAGAAGCUGAAAGUAUUAAGUAUGUUUGUCUCCUUACAAGUUUAACUUGAAAAUAGCAAAAGCAGGCACGUUUUUAAGAAUUAAGAAAUAUCUUUUGUUGACUCAGAGAUGCUAGUCUCAUCUCCAAGAGCAGACAGAAGAUCAGACACUUGCUGUGGUCAUAAAGCUUCUGCAGGAACCAGUGUUUGCACCCCUUCGUUUUGUGAGAAGUGAGAAGUCUAAAACAGCAGAAAGCACACAUGUAAGCCAGCCUGGAAGCUGCUAGUCUGUCUACCAGAUGAAUUGAAAACUCUGCACUUUCCUCUGCAUGUCAGCAGAGUUUCUUACCAGAUGUCUGGACAGGUGUGUGUCCCAGUUGUCAUCCCACUGGAGAUUCCUACCUCCACUUAGCUCUGCCUUCUUGUUUCGUGGGUUAUCUGAGCUCCCUCAAGUCUACUGGUUUUGCCCUCUUUUAUCGUUGGUGUUUAGUUAUAUUGUUGUUGUUAGAGAAUUUUGUGUUUUAGAAUUUGAGAUAGCGACUUAAAUUUCACAUGAAUCUGAGAUAUAUGUGCAGCGCCUGUGUGCACCUUGAAGGACGUGUUGCUUUUGUCUGAUUUUAUAAAUGUUACUUUGGGGCUUACAACGCUUUCUUAAAAUACUUGUAUGACUGGUCACAGGAUUUUAUAUAAACUUAAUGUGAAUAAAGUUAAUUUAUUUACAUUUUAUACAUUAUAACUAAUUUUUCUUAGAUCUAGCUGGUUCUUAGAGGAUUCUAUUAAAAUCCACUACUACUCUCA